UUGAUAAGAUUAUAGAAAAUACAAAAAAAAAGAAACUAGUUUUUAAUGUGAACAUUUGUAAAAAAAAUAAAACAUUUAAAUAAAAUAAAUUUAAACUUGUUCAUAAUUCUGUUCAAAACUAAAACCCGGGCGGUGAAAAGUAAGAGAGAGCAAAAGUGAUUCACUGGUGAUUUAAAAGUACAUAAAGGUAAAUAAAAUAGUAGACAUAUGCAUUAAAGGAACCUAUAGAAAAGGUCUAAAGAAAUUAUAAUCAAGGAAGGUCGCCAGUCUUAUUCGGGAUGUCAGAGGAACGACGAGUUCUAUGCGUGGGCAUGUGUGUUCUAGAUAUUAUACAUUUAUGUGCUGAAUAUCCCCGUGAAGACACCGAUAAACGUUGCCUAGAUGGCUAUUGGCAAAGAGGUGGUAAUGCCUCCAACAACUGUACUGUUCUCAGUAAACUAGGAGCGAAAUGUGAAUUCCUAGGAAUGACUUCUUCAGCAGCGGCUUUUCAAUUUCUCUACGAAGAUUGUAAACAAAGAAAUAUAGUAAUAAAAAACUGUCCCAAAACCGCAAUGAAUCCAUCUUUUUCUAGUGUAUUACUAGUAAAAAAUAAAGGUACACGCACUAUAGUUCAUGCAAAUACCGGAUUUCCCAUUUUAAAAUAUGAAGAAUUUCAGAAAAUAAAUUUACAUGACUACAGCUGGAUUCAUUUUGAAGGACGUAAUGUCGAUGAAACUAAAGAAAUGAUUGAAAUGAUAAGAAAACACAAUGAGAAACACAAAGAAAAACGAAUAAAAAUUUCGAUAGAAUUAGAAAAGCUUAAUAAAGAUUUAUACAUAUUAGCCAUGCGUUCAGAUGUGGUGUUUGUGGGUAAAGAUAUAGCUCACCACAUGGGCUGGUCUACGGCUAAAGAGGCUGUUUAUAAUUCUCAGAAAAUCAUAAAUGAUUUAAAGUCUAUAGAACCAGAAGAAAAUUGGCCUUUACAACAGAUUAUUUGCCCCUGGGGUUCAGAGUGUGCAGAUGUUUUAGACGUUGCUACUAAUGAAUAUAAUUCUUUGCCUGCUGUUCCAGUCGAGAAUAUAGUUGAUUCUUUGGGUGCUGGUGAUACAUUUGUGGCUGCAGUUAUUUAUGCUUUAAAUAAUUUACAAAAAAACUUAAAGCAGGCUGUGGAAUAUGGCAAUCAGGUCGCAGCAUUUAAAAUACAGCAACGAGGUUAUGAUUGUGUGGAGAAUUUUAAUAUAUAAAAUUUAGUUUUAGUUUUUUUUUAAGUAAAAAUAAAGAGAAAAUGUUAGUCCA